AUGGACUCCAUACUCGCACUUCAUCCCUUCCCCAAUCCGUUCACCCCUCACCGGAAUCCUCCCUCCUCAAUUUUCACGCCCAACCGCCGCAUCACAAUCCAAUCCAAAUCCUCCAGAAGACCUCACAAUUCAGUCCCAAUCAUUCACAUUCCCAAAGCAUUCGUCUUUCCACAACCUCCGGCGACCUCAGAGAAGGAAGAAACGCCGCUUCUCGCGGUCGCGCGGCAGGUAGUGCUGGCCCUGGUCUGUCUUGGAAUCGGCUUCGCUCCGUUUCGCGCUGCUGCGGCGGCGGCUCCGGUGGCGGCGGUGGAGGAGAAGAAGGAGGUGAGUUACGAGAGCGAGGGAUACUCGGCGGUGACGAAGCGGCUGCUGGAGACGGCGGCGGUGCUGGUGAGGAGCGUGGAGGAGGGGAGGGAUGUGAAGGCGGUGGAGGAGGCGUGGCGGGCGGUGAGGUUGAAGAAGGAGGAGUUGCAAGGGGAGAUAUUGGAAGGGGUGCAGGUGGAGCUGAGGAGGCUGAGGAGGAGUAAGGAGGGGCUGGUGCGGCAGUGCGAUGAGAUUGUGGAGGAGGUGGUGGAGGUGAGGAGGGAGAUUGAGAAGGCGUUGCGAAACUCCGGUAAGGCGAAGGAUGCGGAGGAGGUGAAGGAGAGGGUGGAGAGUAUGGAGGAGAGGGUGAGGAGGUUGGAGGAGGAGUAUGGUGAGGUGUGGGAGAGUGUGGGAGAGAUUGAGGAUGAGAUUUCGAGGAGGGAGACAGUGGCGUUGAGCUAUGGAGUCAGGGAGCUUUGUUUUAUUGAGAGGGAAUGUGAGCAGUUGGUGCAGAGUUUUACUCGCCGAAUGAGGAGGAAGAAGAGUGUUGAAAGUGUGCCUAAAAAAUCGGUUACCAAGCUUUCUAAAUCUGAUAUACAGAAAGAUUUGGAAAACACGCAAAGAAGACUUUUGGAGGAAACAAUUCUGCCAAAUGUUGUGGAAGUUGAUGAGGUGGGACCUUUGUUUACUUCAACGGAGUUUGCUCAGAAUAUAAAACUAGGUCUUGAAGAGUCAAGGAAGCUGCAGAGAAAGGCUGAGUCUCAAAUAAGGAAGAAAGUGAAAAAAUUUGGUGAGGAAAAGCGGUAUCUUGUACAAACACCUGAAGAGGAGGUGGUGAAGGGUUUUCCAGAAGUUGAGAUGAAGUGGAUGUUUGGAAAGAAGGAGGUUGUUGUCCCUAAAGCUGCUGGUCUCCGUUUGUAUCACGGGUGGAAGAAGUGGCGUGAAGAAGCUAAGGCAGACCUGAAAAGAAAUCUCAUAGAAGACGUUGAUUUUGGUAAACAGUAUGUGGCCAAAAGACAGGAACUUAUUCUUCUAGACCGAGAUAGGCUGGUGUCAAAGACUUGGUACAAUGAGGAAAAAAAUAGGUGGGAGAUGGACCCAGUUGCUGUUCCUUUUGCCGUCUCAAAGAAACUGGUUGAGGGUGCUCGUAUUAGGCAUGACUGGGCUGCCAUGUACAUUGCACUCAAGGGUGAUGACAAGGAGUAUUACGUUGACAUUAAGGAAUUUGAAAUGCUUUUUGAAGAGUUUGGAGGGUUUGAUGGGUUGUACAUGAAAAUGCUUGCCUGUGGUAUUCCAACUGCUGUUCACCUGAUGUGGAUCCCUUUGUCUGAGUUGGAUUUCCGUCAACAGAUUCUCUUGACUGCAAGGCUGUCUCACCAAUGUUUUAAUGCGUUGUGGAAGACAACAGUAGCAUCGUAUGCAAGAGAUUGGGUUAUGCAGAAAUUUAAAAAUAUAAACGACGACAUAAUGAUGACAAUAGUGUUUCCUAUUGUGGAGCUUACGCUCCCCUACUAUGUAAGGAUACAGUUGGGGAUGGCAUGGCCUGAGGAAAUUGAUCAAGCUGUUGACUCAACAUGGUACUUGAAAUGGCAAUCUGAGGCAGAAAUGAAUUAUAAAUCCAGAAAAACGGAUGGUCUCCAAUGGUACAUUUGGUUUCUCAUGAGAACAGUUGCGUACGGAUACGUCUUGUUUCAUGUUUUUGGUUUUCUGAAGAGAGAAGUUCCAAGUUUUCUUGGUUAUGGGCCAAUACGCACAGAUCCAAACAGGGAAAAGUUGAGGAGAGUGAAAUACUAUCUCAAUUCCCGGGUAAGAAAAGUUAAACAGAACAAAAAGGCUGGCGUCGAUCCUAUAACACGUGCUUUUGACGAUAUGAAGAGGGUAAAGAACCCACCAAUACCGUUGAAGGACUUUGCAAGUAUUGAAUCCAUGAAAGAGGAAAUCAAUGAAGUUGUGGCAUUUCUUAAAAAUCCUAAAGCCUUUCAAGAAAUGGGUGCCCGUGCACCUCGGGGAGUUCUAAUUGUGGGUGAGAGGGGAACAGGAAAGACAUCUCUAGCACUGGCUAUAGCUGCUCAAGCUAGGGUGCCUGUUGUUAACAUUAAAGCUCAAGAGUUGGAGGCUGGACUAUGGGUUGGGCAAAGUGCAUCUAAUGUUAGAGAGCUGUUUCAAACAGCUAGAGAAUUGGCACCUGUUAUCAUAUUUGUGGAGGAUUUUGACCUAUUUGCUGGUGUUCGAGGUAAAUUCCUUCACACUAAAAAUCAGGAUCAUGAAGCUUUUAUCAAUCAACUGCUUGUCGAACUUGAUGGGUUUGAGAAACAAGAUGGGGUUGUAUUGAUGGCAACCACUGGAAAUCUCAAACAAAUUGAUGAUGCCUUACAGAGGCCUGGUCGCAUGGAUAGGAUAUUUCAUCUUCAAAGGCCAACUCAAGCAGAAAGGGAGAAGAUACUACACAUGGCAGCAAAAGAAACAAUGGAUAAUGAGCUCAUUGAUUUUGUAGACUGGAGAAAGGUUGCUGAAAAGACUGCUCUCUUAAGACCUAUAGAACUAAAACUGGUACCUGCAUCGUUGGAAGCUAGUGCCUUUAGGAGCAAGUUUCUUGAUACAGAUGAGCUUAUGAGCUACUGUAGUUGGUUUGCGACUUUCAGUACCAUUAUUCCAGAAGGGGUGCGGAAAACCAGAGUUGUGAAGAAGCUAAGCAAAAUGCUGGUGAAUCAUCUGGGGUUAACAUUGACUAAAGAAGACCUGCAGAGUGUGGUUGAUCUAAUGGAGCCAUAUGGUCAGAUAAACAAUGGAAUAGAACUUCUAAACCCUCCUCUUGAGUGGACGAGGGAGACCAAGUUCCCUCAUGCUGUCUGGGCUGCAGGUCGUGGUCUCAUUGCCCUUCUGUUACCAAACUUUGAUGUUGUAGACAAUAUAUGGCUGGAGCCAUUGUCUUGGCAGGGAAUCGGAUGUACAAAAAUAACCAAGGCGAGAAAUGAAGGUUCUGUGAAUGGCAAUUCUGAAUCAAGAUCAUACCUUGAAAAGAAGCUCGUAUUUUGUUUUGGUUCGCACAUUGCAGCACAAAUGCUACUCCCUUUUGGGGAAGAGAACUUGCUGUCUUCUUCAGAGUUAACACAAGCGCAAGAGAUUGCUACACGGAUGGUUAUUCAGUAUGGGUGGGGACCUGAUGAUAGUCCUGCAAUAUAUUAUCACAGCAAUGCGUCUACUGCUUUAAGCAUGGGGAAUAACCAUGAGUAUGAUAUGGCAGUUAAAGUUGAAAAGAUCCAUGAUUUAGCCUAUUUUAAAGCUAAAGAAAUGCUCAAUCAAAAUCGUCGAGUUCUUGAAAAGAUAGUUGAGGAGUUGCUUGAGUUUGAAAUCUUGACGGCAAAGGAUCUAGGAAGAAUUUUUGAAGAAAAUGGUGGGGUUAGGGAAAAAGAGCCUUUCUUCCUUUCUGGAGCGCAUGAUAGAGAGACAUCGUCUGGCAACUUUCUUGAAGGUGGAGAUGUAUCAGCCACCAUGCUUUUGACUUGAGCAGCAUAGAUUUCUUAGGAAUAGGCGAGCUCGUAGAACCAAUACCUAUUUUGGCAUGAACAUAGGAACCCCUUUGUUUCUGACGAGAAUCCCUGAAUGCUUAUGGUUCAGUUUCAUCUUCGUUGUCAUCAUGCCAUUCUUUGACAUAGGAAAUCUAAGCCAGUUAUAGAGGAAAUAGUUGUGGCUUGAGAAAAGGCAACAGUUUUCCUUCUCAACCCUUCAUCACUUUUCAGAGUAGAAAUCCUUACUGUAUUAGGGUAUUACCUGUUGUCAACAUUCAGAUCGAAAUUGUUAAUAG